AUGAUAGGAAAAUUAACAAAUGACAGCGCACAGAUUAAAUUCAACAUCCUUGCAUUCUCCACAUCAGAAACGGGGAGGAUUGUGCUUUUUAUAACAAUUUUACUGAUUUAUCUGAUAGUUGUCGCUGGUAACCUUGUUAUUAUUACACUGGUAUGUCUUGUGUCCCAGCUGCACACGUCCAUGUACUUCUUCCUAUGUAAUCUGUCCGUGUUGGAUAUCUUAUAUGUCUCCACCACUCUCCCCAAACUGUUGUAUAUUACUCAAACUGGUUACCAUAUGGUGUCUUAUGCUGCCUGCAUAGCCCAGUUAUAUUUAUUUCUCUUCUUUGCUGAUACAGAGAGUUUCCUAUUAACAUCAAUGGCCUUUGAUCGCUAUGUAGCAAUUUGUUUCCCGCUUCAUUAUUCACUCAUUAUGAGUAAACCUGUUUGUGUGUUAUUAGCGUUUCCUGCAUGGUUUAUGGCUGCCAUCAAUGCUUUAAUACUUACUUGUUUUGUAAGUGGCUUGAGUUUCAAUCAUUUUAAUGAAGUCAACAAUUUCUUCUGUGACCUGAAAGCUCUGAUAAUUGCUUCACCCAAUGACACCACGUUCUUGAAAAAAUUCAUUACCAUAGAUGGGAUGUUCAUCGGAGCUGUUCCACUUCUACUGAUCUUGACUUCCUACGGCUGCAUCAUUUUCACCAUCCUUAAAAUUCAGUCAUCAGUUGGGAGACGCAAGACUUUCUCAAGUUGCACGUCCCAUAUUACAAUUGUCGUAGUGUACUAUUGUUCAGCUUUGUGCUUGUACAUGCAAUAUGCUCAAGAACUAGACAAGCUCUUCGCAGUCAUGUUUGUUACUUUGGUUCCAUUACUAAACCCACUAGUGUACAGUUUGCGCAAUAAAGAUGUCCUAAGUGCGAUGAAAAGAAUAAAGCAAUACCAAAAGACCAAUCCUAUUCAAUAA